AUGGCGAAGCUUGUCUCAGCCGAGGAGGUCGCAAAACACAAUAGCCGCAACGACUGUUGGGUUAUCAUUCACGAAAACGUUUAUGAUCUAACAAAUUUCCUACCCAAACAUCCGGGUGGAAUAAAUGUUAUUUUAAAGCAGGCAGGAAAGGAUGCUACUGCUGCAUUUGAUCCAGUGCAUCCUAUAAGUAUUAUUCAACAGUAUUUACCUCCCGAGAUGUGUCUCGGGAGAAUUGAUCCAGCAACUGUCACAAAGACUGCAGAGGCCGAUAGUGAGCAGAACAGACGACGUCAGGUCAUGGAAAAAAGACCUAAUCUGGAUGAAAUGUUGAAUCUGUUUGAUUUUGAAGCUGUUGCUUCUCAAAUUCUUACCAAGGAAGCUUGGGCUUACUACAGCUCAGGAGCUGAUGAUGAGGUUACCAUGAGGGAAAAUCAUGAAGCGUUUCGUCGCAUCUGGCUAAAACCGAGAGUAUUAAUUGACGUUUCAAAAAUUGACAUUAGCACUACUAUACUUGGCCAUUAUUCGUCGUUUCCUUUGUAUAUAACAGCAACUGCUCUUGGCAAGUUAGGUCACCCCGAAGGUGAAGUUGUUCUCACACGUGCUGCCUAUACUCAUAAAGUUAUCCAAAUGAUACCAACACUCGCUUCUUGCUCCCUUGAUGAAAUGGUUAAUGCGCGUGGCGAAGGACAAGUACAAUUCUAUCAGUUAUACGCAAACCCGGAUAGAAAUAUAACAGAGCGCGUAGUUCGUGCGGCCGAGGCCAAGGGUUGUAAAGCUCUUUUUAUUACUGUAGAUGCACCUCAUUUAGGUCGUCGCGAAAAGGACAUGCGUCUGAAAUAUGUUGAAGCCCCGCCUGAUUUGCAGGAAGAGAAGGAUAUUCGUCGUGAUCAAGGCGCUGCUAAAGCUAUGAAUAGUUUUAUUGAUUGCAGACUCAAAUGGGCUGAUUUGGAAUGGUUUAGAUCGAUCACGUCAAUGCCUUUGGUGCUAAAAGGUAUCCAGACAGUUGAGGAUGCGGUGAUGGCUGCCAAGUUGGGAAUGGAGGGCAUAGUACUUUCUAAUCACGGUGGAAGGCAGCUUGACUUUGCGAGGUCAGCUAUCGAAAUACUCCCCGAGGUUGUUCAAGCUUUGAAGAUUGAAGGCCUAUAUGAUAAAAUAGAGAUUUAUAUUGAUGGGGGCAUUCGCAGGGGCACGGACAUUUUCAAAGCUAUCGCUCUUGGAGCGAAGGCUGUUGGGAUCGGUAGACCUAUGUUAUAUGCCAUGUCUGCAUAUGGUCAACCAGGCGUUGAGCGUGCUCUACAGUUGCUUAAGGAUGAGCUGGAGUUAACUAUGGCUCUAGCUGGUGUGACAAGUAUUCGUGAGUGUGGGCCGCAAUACUUGGAUAUUAGGGAUUUGUAUAAUCAUGGCUCCGUGCCUACUGAUUAUUUGACAAAAUCUGUGUACGAUAAACCAAAGCCAAUGAAGGGUAAACUGUAA